GAUCACGCGCUUUAUUGUUUUCUUUUCCUCGUCAACUUUCUUUCUCCAUACUUUCCGUGAACUUGUUUCUGUGUUCUUGAAACGAUUCCAAGAUGAGUGAAGAAGUGAAAAAGAAUCAGUCUGAGAAAGAGAAUCAAUCUGAAAAGCUUCAGCGACCAACUCCACGUUUGAACGAGAGGAUCCUCUCAUCUUUAUCUAGGAGAUCGGUUGCUGCACAUCCAUGGCAUGAUCUUGAAAUCGGACCUGGAGCUCCAGUGAUUUUCAAUGUGGUUAUUGAGAUCUCAAAGGGUAGCAAGGUCAAAUAUGAACUUGACAAAAAGACAGGACUCAUCAAGGUUGAUCGGAUUCUGUAUUCAUCGGUUGUGUAUCCUCAUAACUACGGUUUUAUCCCCCGCACAUUAUGCGAAGACAAUGACCCUUUGGAUGUUUUAGUUAUCAUGCAGGAGCCUGUGCUUCCGGGUUGUUUUCUGCGAGCCCGAGCUAUUGGUUUAAUGCCCAUGAUUGACCAAGGAGAAAAAGAUGAUAAGAUCAUUGCGGUUUGUGUUGAUGAUCCUGAGUAUAAGCAUUACACUGACAUCAAAGAACUUCCACCUCAUCGUCUCUCUGAAAUCCGCCGAUUCUUUGAAGAUUACAAGAAGAAUGAGAACAAGGAAGUUGCUGUAAAUGAUUUUCUACCAAAUGGUCCUGCUGUUGAAGCCAUUCAGUACUCAAUGGACCUUUACGCCGAGUACAUUCUUCACUCCCUGAGGAGAUAAAAUAAAAGGCACUUCUCAAGAACAUUCCUGCCAAUUUUGCUCUGCAAUUUCAGAUUUUGUUGCAGAGAAAACCAAGAAAAAAACAAGAAUUGUCUGAUAUUUGGAUUUUGAAUAAACACGUGUUCCUGAAAAUGGUCUGUUAUUUUUGGCUUCAAAGUUUCUUCUUUUGUUGUUGUUGUUGUUGUUUGCUACUGGGGAAUAAUCCCAGUUCUCACUUGUAUUGUAAUCUUUUAUCAUUUAAAGAUUCGAUUUCGUUCCAAUGAAACAAGACUUUUUAAAA